AUGCAACGACAACUGGGCUACAUAUAUACCAAUGGACCAAAAGAAUUCGGUAAUUUCCAUUUAGUACCCGAUUGGACAUCGUUGCGAUUGAUGUCGUGGCAAAAUAACGCCGCAACUGUCAUGUGUGAUGUUUAUGAUGAUAAAGAAAAUGAUCAUGUUCUUGUCCCUUAUGCGCCACACAGUAUUUUACGAAAGCAAAUUGAAGCAGCAUCGAAACCACCUUAUAAAGUACUUACUGUAAGUGAAUUGGAAUAUUAUAUGUAUGAAAAUAGUUAUCGUGAUGCUCGUGCUGAGAACUAUGAAAAAUUAAAACUGAAAACUUUGGGUGACUAUCAUAGAAGUUAUCAUUUACUGCAAACAGCAAGUGAAGAAAAAUAUAAUGAAGCAUUUCGAUAUCAUCUCAAAGCCAGUGGUAUUCCUGUAGAAAACAGUAAACGUGAAGCUGGAAUUGGACAACAUGAAUUGAAUAUCAAAUUUAGUGAUGUUCUAUCGAUGGCCGAUCAACUAGGUGUCAGUGUUACAUUUAUGGCCAAACCUUUCAUUGAUACUGCCGGUAGUGGUUGCCACAUUCACUUGAGUAUGGCCAACGCCAGUGGUGGCAAAAAAGCAUUCACUGCUGACAGCAAUAGCACAGACUCGAAUGAUAAGUGUAGUCCAUUGUUCAAAUACUUUCUAGCUGGUUGGUUAAAAUAUGCACCUGAUGUUACGGCACCAACAAAUUUAGCAUGGAGUUAUGACAAUCGUAUGACUGCUUUUCGUAUAGUUGGUAAAGGUCAAUCCACUCGUAUCGAAUGCCGACUUCCAGGUGCUGAUUGUAACACCUAUCUUGCAUUCGCUGUAUCAUUAGCAUCCGGACUUCGAGGUAUUGCUGAUCAACUUGAACCACCGCCAAUUUUCGAAGGUGAUAUCGAUCAGACAAAAGAACUUCCUCAAGCACCUCGAACAUUGAAAGAAGCUAUUCAUGCCUUUGAAAAUAGUACUUUUGUACGAGAAGUAUUUGGUGAAGAUGUUGUCAAUCAUUAUCUCAACUUCUAUCGGCAGGAACAAGCAGCUUGUGAAACAAGUGUUACUGAUUGGGAACGACAUCGAUACUUUGAACAAAUAUGA